GUAAAAUGGCACAAAAGUCACAUGGAGAAAAGAAUGAUGUCAACGAAAACAAAACUACUGAAUCGAGCGUCAGACAAAAAUACCAAAAGUCGUCAAAUGAAGAUUAUGGGUUUUAUUUCUUUCCAGAACGAAAUACCGAUGAUCCAGCGAAAGUACAAAAAACAUACUGGGAAAAAUUCUGGAAUAGAGGGCAACGUCAAACGCUGAAGUGUGAAACGAAUGUCGUUUGGUGCGCUAAUAAAAAUCCAAUGGUGAAGCUAAUGAUGAGAGCCCUGAAAAGCCGUGGAUGUGAGGUAAAUUUAAGACGUCACAUCUCUUGUGAGAAAUGUUUGCAGAGAGUUAAUGGUGGCUUUGAUCCAACUACUAGUCAGAUUGUGGUUUGCCAGAAUACAGCAACAAAGAGAAGUAUAUUAUGUAGUGUACUCGCUCAUGAGUUGAUCCAUGCCUUUGAUUUGUGCCGCGCCAAACUGGACUUUGAAAAUCUUGAACAUCUGGCCUGUACAGAGAUUCGUGCAUCUAAUUUUACACACUGUUCAUAUCUAGCAGCUGUAUCGGCAGGGGAUGCCUCACCAUUCCAUAUUAAACAGAGACAUGUAGAAUGUGUAAAAAACAAGGCCCUGCUUUCAGUGUUAAUGGUUCGUAAUAUUUCACGAGAAGAAGGAAUGGAGAUUGUGAAUCGGGUAUUCGAUAAGUGUUACAGAGACUUGGAGCCAUUUGGACGUUACCCAAGAAGGGGUUCGAAAGAUCCAGAGAAAGCACUUAUUGAUGGCGUAUAUUAUGGCUACACUGAUUAGCUACGUGUUGAAGGCUCUUGAUUCUCUUACAAUAGUAUAGGGUAUUUCUGGUUAACAUUUUGUAUGUUUCCUUGAAUAUCAAUUUGUGCGAAAUUCUCCAUCACAAAAUUUUCAGAUUUUAUCUGGAAAUACAGGGCUCAUAUUAGAAUGAAUUUCGGUGUAGUCAAUAUUCAGAUAUGAGCAUUUCCUUGAAAAUUUAAUGAAAUAUGGUUAAUUUAAGGAAUAUUUUAUUAGCCAAAGAUUGGCCGUUUCCAAAAAUUACUUUGAAAAAUACCAGUACUGUAUCAUCAAAGGUUUGGUGCUUGCCAAAUGGUUAUGUCUAAAAAUUACUUUGAAAAUACCAGAACUUUAUCAUCAAAGUUCUCAUGCUUUUCAAACGGUCAUGUCAAAAUAGUCUCGAGGUUCUGUAAAUAUUGGGACAACCAAAAACAUAUUGGAUUUACACAAAUUAAUAUUCUAUGCAAGAAGUACUAUACAGUAUUGCAAGAGAAACAAGGACCUUUAACAGUCUAAGCUAUACUGGUUAGCUAUGUGUUAAAAUAUUGUAUAAUUUUGUGUUCACCGUGUGAUAAAUUAAAUGUGUGAGUUGGGUGACUAGAGAAUGUAUUAUUGGCCAUUUUGAUAUGUGUAGUACAGAGUUCUUUUAUCAGGUAGGUUCAGAAUGUGUUAACAUCUUAUAUAACUAUGUAUUCACUGGGUGAUAAAAGGAAUAUGUGAGUUGGGGUGACUAGACAAUGUAAUGUUGGCCAUUUUAACACAAAUAGUGUAGUGUUCCAUCAUCGAUAGAUUCAGAAUGAUUAGGGUUAGGACAGUACACUUGCCAAAUUCACCAAUUGCAAAUUUUGAAAGCAUUUGGGGAUUUUUAUUUUAAUUUGCCGAAAUAAUUUCAGGUAAUAAUUAACAUUUUAAAGAAAAUAUAUGUUGAUUUCUGCAAUUUUUUAAGUUUAAUAGACAAUUUUCCGAAAUGUUUUGCUCGCCCAUAGCAAGUCCUGAUACAAGUUUAUUGUCAUUUCUUGGAUAGAAACAAACUGUAUGUAACCACUUGGUGAUCUACGAAAACAAGCAUUCAUAUCACGGAACCUUUAUAUUAGCUUAUUAAACAAGCUCAUACUCAUUCUGUUAAAAUGGGAUCCUACUGACACAUCACUUUUAAAGUAGUUAUUACUGGAUCUGACUAAAUCCUGUGUUGGUCCAUGUCCAGAUGACCUUUUACUUGGCUAUUCAAAAACUGCUUUUUUAUAAUCAUGUUAAAAUCGGAACACAUUUGGAAUCGUGAUUCACAAUGAAUUUUUGUUUUAAUGCGUUUAAUGACACGACUAGAUCACAUUGAUUUGGUUCACAAUGAAAGAUUAUCUGAACAACAAAUAGUGUUGGUUCAUAUCAGAUCUAUAAAUAAAUACAUCCCAGUGGAAGUGACUGUCGGAUCUGUCUCCUUGCUUACAUGCUCCAGCUAGUGCACCACGACUGGUAACAUCAGAGGCUGUGGUAUGUGCUAUCUUGUUUAUGGGAUGGUGCAUAUAAAAGAUCCCUCUGCUGCUAAUCGAAAAGAGUAGCUUAUGAAGUGGCAACAGCGGGUUUCCUUCCUCAAUAUCUGUGUGGUCCUUAACCAUAUGCACGACGCCAUAUAACCAUUAAUAAAAUGUGUUGAGUGUGUCAUUAAAAUAAACUCAUUUCCUGCUUGCUUACAACAGAUGAAUGUCCAAUGUGGAGAUUUUAGCAGUCUUGAACUACAUGCCUAUGGGCAAGACUUCAAUGAAGCCUUGAGACUAGACUUUUAAAACAUUGAUAAGCAUGGGAUUUGAUUUCAGUAAACUCGAUCGAUGUUGUAUAAGAAUGAUCAAACAAGUUGUGUUUCAUAAUAAAGUUGCAGUGAGUUCCACAGUAGGCUACACAUUGAAGAAUGAUUAUUUGUUUACCAGAAUGCUGAUGUGUGUAAAGAAAUGGGAAAAUAUUUUAAUUUUCAUAUCAUAUGUAUGUCAUACUCUCAACGUCUUUUAAAGUGUAUUAUAUACAAUGUUUAUUAGGCCUACCCAUGAAUAUGGUUCAAAAAUAUCUUGGUUCAUUUUAGUGGUAUGUCCCACGAAACACCACCAUUGAAUUUGUAAAUAUGCAGUCAAUUGCCAUUCCUAAUUGCACUGGGCUACAUUGUUUAAAUAAAACAUGAUUAUAGGCUAAUAAAUAAAAUAUAAAAACUCUUCACCAUUACAUAUUAUGUUCUGUCCUUCAUAAAAUAAUAGUUUUUGUGGACAGAAACUUUACAAGAAAUAUUUGAAAACACAUUUGGUUGGUAAAAAAAAAAGGAGAGAGAGAGAGAAAUUCAUAUCUGCCUCUAGACUAUUGUCUUCCAUAUAUUUUUAUUUUAUUUUUUUAGACCGAUAAAGCAAUGUUGAAUAUAUUUUGCCAAUAACUUGUGAAUACUUUGUGGAAAUGCUGUCCAUAUGAAUACAUUUGUAAUAAAAUUAAUAGCAACUA